AUGUGGGGCGUGGUAGAACAAAAGUCCAACUCGACCACUCCUGCCAACGUUUCUGACCUGAAGAAGGCCAUCAGGAAGGCAGUCAGCACCAUUGACAAGGACGAGGCCCGGCGCGCGUGCUCCGCUUUCCGGCGCCGUCUCGAGAGGCUGCUCCGGUUCGGUGACGUAUGUGAGGAGGCUCGACGCCGAGUCGGCGCCACCCGCCACGAGCUGGUCGACUACGUCACUGGCCUGUUCCCGCUGCUGGUGGCGCACGUCUGGCUGGCGGCCAGGGUCCGUGUCACCGUGCCCGGACUGAGCGGCUUCUACACUGACCUCCAGUGCACUGCUGGGCGGAUGUCGCUGGCUGCUGCCGACCUGGCGCACAUGAUGGACAAACUGCCAGACGACCUCAAAGUCCUCAAUGUGAAAGGUCCGGCAGUGACGGGCACGCGGUGGCCCACGGGGUUCUGGUCUGGCCUGCACGUCUCUCUGGAGGGAGUUGGCGACGACACAGUCGCCCUGGUGGCUGACCUGAAGCGAAAUGUCCGCGUGCUGCACCUGCUCGAUUCUCCCGACGUCACCGGCAGGGCGCUGGAUUCGAUCUCACGCAUCUCGGGUCUGCGCACGAUCCGGAUGGUCGAAUGUGCUGGUCUAAUGGGUGGCAGCCUGGAGCCCCUCUCCAGACUGCACAAAUUAGACGACCUCACCCUGUCCGGCGGCGUCCCUGACGCCGUGCUGGACAGUCUCAGCGGCUGCCAGGGGCUGGGGAUCCUUAAACUGGGGGACCGCCAGCGGCCGGCAGAGACGGCCUUCACAGCAGCAGCGGUCAGCAGGCUGGCCGUCCGCUGCCGCCAGCUGUGGUGUCUCUCCGUUCACGCCUCCGUUGAUAUCAGCCUGGACGUGCUGAACGCACUCAAAGCCGCCGACCUGCGCCAACAUGCAGACUCUCGCCAAGCCCGCACCAUCAUUCUCUACGUUCCAGGAGAGGUCUACCUCCAGCUGAGGAGCAAGGCCAGGUCCGGAGGACGCGUGCGACUGGAGGAGUGGAGCGCCUGAUGCGCUGGCCGACUGUGGCUAGUUACCAGCACGGCCUGCCUACACCGAGCUGGGAUUGAUGAUACAUGUGCCAAUCGAAAAGCCAAACAGUCCUGCCCGGUGUACCAAUAGCCGUUGUCACGACGGCCAUCUGGUACACAAUUGGUGUUCAUUUGAUGCACAUUUGGUGCAGAUUUGGUCAAAUUAGGUUCUGCGUGCUUCUUAGUAGUCAUCAGCUAGGGUUAUACUAAUUGCUUAUAUGGGUGCUUUGUCAACUAAUGGGACAUUAUAAUCGACAACGCUGAAAUAAGAUCAUGAUAUGUUGAUAUUUGCUGUAAAAAAGAUUUGGUGCAGAUUUGGUCCAAUAGCGUGCAUUCGCCAAAUAGCCCGUCGUGAAAAGGGCUAAUAUCAAUAUGCUGCCGGUAGUUCGAUCCCUAUGUAUGUUUGCUUUUUUCACUUAUAUGCUUUUUGCUGUUUUGAUUAACCGUAUACCGAAUGCUGCCGUAUGCAGUCACCUGCCUGUCCCACAUGGGUGCGUUUUUGAUGCGGUGCGGUUGCGGUGCGGUGCGGUGCGGCACGUCGCGACGCGGUGCGGCACCCUACGACACGGCUUAUUGCGGCGAGAUGCGGCAGCAUGCGGCGAGAUGAGCGAAUAGCCUGACGCAUGCGGCGCUACACGGCAUCGUAUCCAUGGGAACAGAAUAAAUAAAUACAUUG